AUCAGCACUAGCGCUACUACAGCACUUCUCAGAUCUCGCGCACUGGGGAGACUUUUAACGCCUGUGUCCCGAAACACUCUAUCAACAUCCCCUUUCACACGUUGGAGACCCCAGUGACUUGGGACGUCGCUGCGGAGGAGUUGCGAGGCUUCGGGUCCCGUGGGAGUAUGAGACUGGCGGAGUGUUGAAGAAAGGAACAGGACCGACCUGGCGGCUUCGCUAACAAUAACAAACCCGUCUAGCUCGCAGAGGCGCUAGUCAGUGGAUGACAGCCUGGUCUUUGUGAGAUAGAGCAGCCAGGACUUCUUCUCUUGUUGGCGUUUCUUUACCCGUUUGACUGGGCAUUGUGUGUGUGUGUGUGUGUGUGUGUUUGUGUUUGUUUGUGUUGCCAGGUAGCUUUAAAGAAGUCACCCUCUGUGUGCGUCAGGUGUUUGUAUUUGUGUGUGUGUGUGAUCCAGACCCCAUCCCUAUAGAGAUGUUUUGUCUCCAUGGUAAAAUCUCCUGAGCGUUAAUUUAGACCUUGACCCAUCGCAGACAGACCUGAGCACCUGCCCCCCCCCCUCCCAUUUUGGCCAAAGCCCCCCCUCAACACCUCUAGUGUAUCUCUGUGUGUGUGUGUGUGUGUGUGUGUGUGUGUGUUGUCCAUCAUGUCGCGAGCGGACAUGGCGGUGAACAGCGAGGGCGGUGAUUGGCGGCUGAGUGAAGACGCAGGCGAGCGGGCGCGGCUGCUCCAGAGCCCCAGCGUGGACCGCGAGGCAGCGCUGCCCGUCCAAUCAGAGGCCUGCAGGGGCGGGACUUCCUCCGUGGCCGCCGUCUUCAUCGUGGUCAACGCCGCGCUGGGGGCGGGGCUACUCAACUUCCCCGCCGCCUUCAACAUGGCGGGAGGAAUCAGCGCCGGACUGAUCACGCAGAUGAUCAUGCUGGUGUUCAUUAUCACUGGACUUGUCAUCCUGGCAUAUUGUUCACAGGUCAGUAACGAGGGCACGUAUCAGGAGGUGGUGCGAGCUGUGUGUGGGCGCUUCAUGGGCGUGGUGUGUGAGGUAGCCAUCGCCAUCUACACCUUCGGCACCUGCAUCGCCUUCCUCAUCAUCAUCGGGGACCAGCUGGACAAGCUGAUCGGUGCGAUGGCUAAGGAGUCUGAAGCGGUGGUCAAUGCUCACUGGUACACUGACAGGAAGUUCACCAUCGCCGUGACGUCAGUACUGGUCAUCCUGCCGCUGUCCAUCCCCAAAGAGAUCGGUUUCCAGAAGUAUGCCAGCGCGCUGAGUGUGAUUGGCACCUGGUACGUCACCAUCGUGGUCAUCGUUAAGUACAUCUGGCCUGAUCCUGAGGUGACCCCGGGGUACAUCCCUACCCGACCGUCAUCCUGGACUGCUGUGUUUAAUGCCAUGCCCACAAUCUGUUUUGGCUUCCAGUGUCACAUCAGUAGUGUUCCUGUGUUUAACAGCAUGAGGAGGCGGGACAUAAAGCCCUGGGGGGGCGUGGUCACAGCUGGCAUGAUCAUCUGCCUCUUUGUCUAUACCGGCACAGGUGUGUGUGGCUUCCUGUCCUUCGGCUCCAACGUCAAUCAGGACGUGCUGAUGUCAUAUCCUUCUAAUGAUGUCGCCGUGGCAAUUGCCCGAGCAUUCAUCGUUGUCUGUGUGGUCACUUCCUACCCUAUUCUGCACUUUUGUGGCAGGGCGGUGCUGGAGGGGCUGUGGCUGCGUUUCCGUGGCGAGGAGGUGGAGGUGGAUGUAGCGCGUGAGCGGCGGCGGCGUCUGCUGCAGACGUUCGUCUGGUUCUUCCUCACGCUCGUCCUCGCCCUCUUCAUCCCCGACAUCGGCCGCGUCAUCUCCCUCAUCGGCGGGCUCGCCGCCUGCUUCAUUUUCGUCUUCCCAGGUCUGUGUUUGAUUCAGGCAAAGCUGUCUGAAACUGAUGCUAGAUCAGCCAGUUGGAAUGCCCUGGUGGUUUACGGCAUCGUCAUGGUUACCCUCGGGGCCUUCAUCUUUGGACAAACCACUACUAAUUCCAUCUACCAGGACAUCAUCAACCAUUCUGACGGCUCAUAGGCCGAAAGCACUGACCUCAACAUGCUGCUGGCUGCUGAUUGGCUGAGGAAGCAGGAACCAGAGUAGGACUGUUCACAGAGAGAAGAGGAGCCUCAGCAAACUACACACACACACACAAAAACACACACACACACACACACACACACACACACACACACACACACACACACACACACACAAACACACACACAUUCUGCAUGCAGCAUGCCACCCUUUGUCAAAUGUCUCGUGAAACAAACACACACACACUAGAGAAGGAGACUGACAGCAGGGAAUUGUGGCAUCAGUUAGGUUUUUAAUUCUGAACACAGUUCAUCUGAUUUUAAUGUUUACUAAAGUGAAGACUCGUUUUAAGUAUUUUUAAUCCUUGUCUGAAUGUCCAAACAUUACAAUGGAGGAGGAGUGGCCUUUUGACCUCAGGAGUGACAGUGACCCAACACUAUCCUGUGUGUGUGUGUGUGUGUGUGUGUGUGACCCUGAGCCCUACCACAUGCUGUGUCAUCACACACACUGCUCUUUCACCUGUGACCUCUGCACCUACUCAUGUGUGUGUGUGUGUGUGUUUCAGUUUUUGUACAGAUGCAUUAUUUGUAGGGUUUUUCUCCUCCAGGGCCAACAGGAGAAGUGGGGUGUGGAAUGUACAGCCAAAGUGUGUGUUUUUACCGAGAAGUAGACUUGACUGAAUCAUGUUUGUCUGGCGUGGGUUGAAAGCUUUGGUUUCCUUGGGGAAGGGACCGUUAUUCAUUUUGAUCAAAGGGAUUCUGUCUUCAGGGGCAAUGUUUGGUUACCAUGAUAACCGAUUAUUAUGUAAUUAUGAUAUGAAUAGUAAUUUGUUAGUUUAGCGUUCCAAUACUAGUCAGUCUGUGUGGUUACAUGUAAACAAACAAUCAGAUUUUACUCAGUGAAUAUGAUGUACUUUGCAAACUAACUUCUCCAACUGAACUCCAAUUUUAUAAAAACAGAUAAGAUAACCUGGAGUAUUUGAUUUUAAUCUGAUUAAAUGUCAUUUAGCCAAAUACUCUGAUUAAAGUUGGAGUUUAUAAUGUUCUGUGGAACUUUACACAGUUGUGGAACAGAAUCUUUUCUUAGAAUGUUCAAAACUCCCCUGUUGAAGGGAUCAUCUGGGAAUCUGAUUUGUUGUAAACAGGAGUAUUCCAAAUUCUGAGAAUACUCCUGCUGGUGCUGUACGCUGACUGUUGUACACAUGUAACCACAUUCACACUAGGCCGUUUGGUCCCGACCCAAGUUCGUUUGGACUGAUGGUUCUGUAAUUUUUGCUAAUGUGAAAUUAUGCAGUCUACCGAACCCGGUGUGGACCAGGGUCCGCUAGAAAAUGAGGGUCUGGGGUAGCCUAAGGUUUCUUUGAACUCUGCUGCAGUUUGAUCUGUUCCAAAACCAGGAGACAAAAUGCCAUUUUUGCAAUGUUGCUAAGAGAUAUUGGUAAAAAGAAGCUAGUGUUUAUGACAAAUGGACCCAGGUCCGCAAACACAAAUGCAAUGUGAACAGAGAGCAGCUGGGUCUGGACUAGGGGGGAGUAAUGGCGCUCGGGCUCGGUCCAGUUAAACGGGCCCAGUGUGAAGCCAGCCUGAGGGAGAGGAGAGUUCUGCUUCCAAAGGGGUUGAAUGACAUCAUUCUUGCUAAUGAUUUGACUGUUGGGUAUUAAAGCAAUUGGUGGAACUCUCCAGAACCACUGUCUCAAAUCUCGACCUAAGCCAGCACGGCUGCCGUGCUGAACGUUUAUUUUCUUCAUUGUUUUUGUUUUGAUGAAUGUGAGUGUGCACUUUGCCUUAUGUAACUUGAAGAGGUGGUGUAACAUGACACACCUGUUGUGUUUUUUCCCUCCUUUUUGUGGGAGGAGACUCGGAAUCCUUGACACUGCACCCCGACCUGUCCGUCACAGUGCUGAUCCCCAGAACUCCAGAACGCUAUUGUAUUAUUGAACUCUAGAACUCUAGUGUAUUACUGAAUGUGGAGGAGAACCAGUAUCCGCCUUGUAUUGGUCUGAAUGGAUGGGAACCAGUAUUUGGCCUGUAUUGGUCUGAACGGCUUUACAGUUUCUAUGGGACAAAUGUAAUGACACUUG